GCCGGGUCUCCCCUCCGGCCACCGCUCAGCCGAGCCGGUAGACCCUGCGCCCGCACCCCUUUCUCCCCCGACUUCCUCCGCGCGCGCUCCACCUUCCCCACCCCUACGCUCCUGGCGUUUCGGCCGCCUCCGUUCGCACGGCCCCUUCAUUCCAGACGCUCGUUUACGCCGCGCGGACUGGGAGGGUGCGAUUCCCGGAUGCGGCCUGCGCUGCCAGCGCGCGGCCGUCCCGCAGGCCCUCGCGGCUUUACGCCGCUGACGCAGCGCGCCCAAGAUGGCGGCGCGGUCGUCGUCGGGGGUGGCGGCGGCAGAGGGGGCGGCGGCCGUGGCGGCGGCGGCGACGGCAGCCGUGACGGCGGCGGCGGCGCGGGGCCUGGGCCGGGGGGAAUGAGGCAGCCGUGGCGGGCCAGCGGCCGAGCCGUGUAGCGGAGAAGCGGCUCCCCCUCCCUGCUUCCCUUGGCCGAGCCGGGGACGCGCGCGCGCGCCGCCGUCCGGAGCGGGCUCCCCACCCUCCACUCCCGCGACCCGCACCGCACCCCCAUCCGGGCCCGGAGGAUGAUGAAGCUCAAGUCGAACCAGACUCGCACCUAUGACGGCGACGGCUACAAGAAGCGGGCCGCGUGCCUGUGUUUCCGCAGUGAGAGCGAGGAGGAGGUGUUACUGGUGAGCAGUAGUCGCCAUCCAGACCGCUGGAUUGUCCCUGGGGGAGGCAUGGAGCCCGAGGAGGAGCCGAGUGUGGCAGCAGCCCGUGAAGUCUGUGAGGAGGCUGGAGUAAAAGGGACAUUGGGAAGAUUAGUUGGAAUUUUUGAGAACCAGGAGAGGAAGCACAGAACGUAUGUCUAUGUGCUCAUUGUCACAGAAGUGCUGGAAGACUGGGAAGAUUCAGUUAACAUUGGAAGGAAGAGGGAAUGGUUUAAAAUAGAAGAUGCCAUAAAAGUGCUGCAGUAUCACAAACCAGUGCAGGCGUCGUAUUUUGAAACGUUGAGGCAAGGCUACUCAGCCAACAAUGGCACCCCAGUCGUGGCCACCACGUACUCGGUUUCUUCCCAGAGCUCGAUGCCAGGCAUCAGAUGACUGAAGACUUCGCAUAAGAGGAAUGGAAAUUGGAAACUAGACUGGAGUGCAGAUCUUCCCUCCCUUGCUCUUUUCACCUCUCCUCACAGGCCUCCUCUCCAAAUAAGGCAUGAUGGGCAGCAGAGAAAGGGGUUCUUGAUGGUGUUGCUGUUUGGUGUUAAGUGAUGGGCUUUUUCUUCUCUUUUUAUGGAGGGGGUGGGGGGUGGGUAUGUAAUUUGUAAGUACUUUUGUGCAUGAUCGGUCCCUCCCUUUUCACACCCCUGCAGUUGUCUAGAGAGACAGACAGCCUUCCCUCUGCCUUGGAUUCUGAAGUGUUCCUGUUUGUCUCACCCCAGCCCUGGCCAGACGUUUUUCCUUUGAUUUUUAAAUUUUUUUUUUUUUAUUAAAAGAUACCAAUAUGAGAUGAAACCUUUCAAGAAUUUGUCCUGUAAUGCGCUGUUCAGUCAAGGAGGUUGGUCACUUCCACUGCAGGAUACAUUUAUCUACACAUUAUAUACUGGGCAUAUAAUAUGUAAAUAAAUGACUUUUAGAAGAGGAAUUUAACUGUUUAAUUUUUCAAGGUUUUGUUUUGUUUUUUAAAUUCGGGGUGUUUCUGAAAUGGAGAGCCUCGCAGUUAAUUUCCCUUUUUUUUUUUUUGAUGCUAGUGGCUAGGUAAGUUUCCCUGUCUUCUCCCUUUCCCCAGUCACUGACUGUAGUUAUGUAGGGUACGGAAAGAGUUUAGCUGCCUUCAUAGCGCUCCCAGGACUAAUGGCCUUCUCGAAACUGUGUUCCCAUGCCAAGAAAGACACAGGAAGAAACCUAUUUUCUUUUUAUUACCGAGCCAGGAGCAAAUGGCCUCAGCUCAGACCUGGAGAAACAGUGAUAGAAAUUGAAUUCCUCCCUACGUGUUGACAGUAGGGAUUUGAACUGGAUUCUUGGGAUUGCUAUCUAAAAAACUGGAGCAUCAAGCACUGUUUCUGUCCUGCAGCUUGGAAUUUUUUUCCAUAAUGCUACUUACCGCCGACAGUGGCCUCUCUCCUUGUACAUCCAUGCCUUACACCGCGCUGCACUGGACAUUGUCCUUGUGCAGAAACAUCUGGCUGGCCUGGGCCAGUGCAGGUGUAUGGUCCCAUCCCCAUCCUGGGUGACCAUGUUAAGUUCCCAAAAAGUACACAGGAGGAAAAUUCAGGUGUCUGCUUAUCUUUGCAAUGUGACAGCAUUUGGAAUUGCACCAUGGAGCAUGCUCAAAAAUAGUAAACUUGUCUCUUGCUGAGACGCAAAAGGUCCAUCUUCUGCUGAGAAGUGGUAUGAGAGAAUGCUUGGUCCUUGACUAGAACAGCGACAUCAUGCAUUGGCUCACUGCAAACUGUCGUGUUGGUUUUUGAUACAGGCUUCUUGCUGGCUUCAUUUGCCAGUCGUGUUGUUUAGUUGGGAAGUAAGCAGAAAAGGGUCUUGAGAUCGAGGGGUGGGUCUAGGAGGGGGACACUGGUCGAUCCCUGGCUUAGGACAGUGCUCUUGGUGGCAUCUCCUUUGUCAAAACAUAGCCAAGAUGUGAAAUUAAAAUCAUAGUUCUCUUUAUUUAAAAAUUCUAAUAAAUACUCAAACUUUGAAAAGCUUUCACUCUUCCCUCCCACUAAAAGUGAUGUAUAUAUACAUACAUAUAAGAGAUGUAGGCCUGUGUCAUUCAGUGUUCAACAUUUUGGGGGGACAUCUUUUGGUGAACUUAAAAUUUUGCUGUCUGCUCUCAGUUUGUAUCUUCUCUCCCAGUCUUGAGACACAGAAUCAACAAGGAGUGCUCACAGUUUGCCUAGGAUACUGUCCUACCUCUGGGAAAGGAAUUCUGUCCCUAAGUAAGGGUCCCAGUGGACAGAAACAGCACCAUGGGAUUUGCUUCUAAAUACCAACUCACUGUUCACAUGGCCUACUCAGAAAUGAACAUAUUGCUGCUUGUUGCCUGAUUGAGAGCAGUCUGAGUUUCUGUCCAUAUAAGUAAAGGAGAAAAGGUAAUAAAUUCAAUCAAGCACUAAGUGGAAUCCAAAAAACACAUUCUUCCACCUAAAUUCUACCUUUAUGAUAUGGAUUGAAAGUACUUUGCAGGAAAACAGACAGGACUCCUGAAAAGAGAAAUGCAGUGGUAAUAGUAAUUUGUGCAUUUUUUCAUGAUCUAGAGAUGUUUUUACUGGGCUGGUGUCACAACACAUUACCCUCCUGAGUCCAGUUUGGGUUGAUGUUGGCGUCUUUGGGUCAGGAAAGUGAACUGUGCCAAGAAGUAUUUUUCAGUGACAUGAAUGGAUCCUGUUAAUGCAGUUAACUGGGGAGAUUGUGCUGAUGCUUUCUUAACUGACAAAAAGAGGCUUUGUCCAACACCAGAAUUGCUGAAACUGGUGCUAUUUUCUGUUGAAGUGGGAUCCUGAUGAGCAGGGAUUGGUGUUUCUCCCUCCCUGGCACCAUUAACACCAUGGCUGUCUUCACUGGUGUGUAGUCAUAGCCCUUCUGUGAUAGAUUACUCAGAGCCCUGGUUGCAGUGGCCGUUACCCCUCUCCACAGAAAGCAAGGAGAAAACAGAAGAAAGCACAAAAAUGAUCCCACUCGCAGAGUCUUUCUGGGACACUGCUUUGCCGUGAAUUCUGCAAGUACUCACUUUAUUCGGGCUUGACACAAACAGCUUUUUGUGUACAGCACAGAUAUAAAGUCUCACAGUGAAUUUGCCCGUCCUAGACUCUGGUUUAUUACUAGGGCAUCCAUCACAGUCCACCCUGCUCAGGAUAGAGAAAGACAGCAUUGGCUAUUUUAAAAUUAACUUUGUUUUUAGUUUAUCAAUUUGCAGCCACUGGGGAAGCAUCAGUGAGGUCAUGCCAUAUCUUUUUGGACUUAGGACUGUGUGUGUGUGUGUGUGUGAGAGAGAGAGAGAGAGAGAGAGAGAGAGAGAAGGGCUACGAGGGGUCAGCUGUAUUCGAUUUUUUUUGUAGCCUUCCAGAAUGGUGCAGCCCAUGAAACAGGAGUUUUGAUUUUUCUUGUAGCAAACCUGGCAGGAUGGAAAAGUUAAUAAAUUGACGGUUUUGUUUUUACAAGUGUCUGCUGCCCCAUCUGCCCUGCGGGGAGAGGGCUCCCGCACUGCUGAGUCUGAGCUGAGGCCAUCUGGAGGGAUCAAAGAGUGUGGGAGGAACACCCCUUGUGAGGCCGUGGAAGCCCCUCGAAAGUGGCUGCGCUGCAGGAUUUCCGCCCUCGGCAUGGUGCAGCGCAGCAGGCCUUGCCUCUCGCAGCCUCUAGGGAGCAGAGCAGGUCACUGCCCUCUGGGAGGCUUUUGCAGCAGUUUUGUAAAUGCGUUGCUACACAGUCAAGUUCCUUCGUGACACAAUUUCUGUUUUGAUGUUAGGAGUCAGUCCACGUAAGCUUAGACUUGUUUAGAAGAAAAAAAAAAUCACCUUUUGUUUUGAAGAAAAAAAACGUCCACGCAGAACCGUUCUUCCUCCUCCUCCUCCUUUCUCUUGCCCACGUACAGUGCUCCUUGGAGGCCCCCUUCCCCUCUAGGACCUGUGUAACCAGAGGAGUAAUCCGUCUCCCGCCAGACCCGGGUGUGCAUCUCACGUUGUACUGUAUGUGUUCGUCAUUUCCACCCCAUGCUGGAGGAAUGCCUCUGUUGGUCUCCCCACCUGAUCUUUUUUUAAACAGCUUAGCCUGAGCCUCAUUUCUUUUGGUUCACAAAAAGGAUUUAAUAACCACAGCGCGAUCUUUGCCGCAACUGUGUGAUUUUCAGUACUUCUGAAGUGUUCUCAAAGCCCAGCCUAGUUGAGAGAAAAUUUAGAAUUAGAAGAAAUACCUGGAGAAGUCGUCACAGGGGGCUGAAUUUUUGCCUUCAGGGAAAUGAGGAUUAGCUAUAAUUGAUAAUCAAGCCUCGUCCUGGUCCCUUCUGCAUUUCAGAAAAUAACGCACAUGUUUAUAACAAAUAGGAGACAAGUUAGCGCAAGAGGCUCUGGGGCGAGGAGAUUAUCUAAUGGUGAUUAUAUAAUGCAGCGGCUCUUGUGGUUCUUAUCCUUAAAACUCUAAAAGAGGUCAGACCUGAAGCGACACAGGUCAUGCUGCCCAGCUGAGGUGACAGCCAUUCUUUCUGAGCCCUGCUGGGAUGGAACCCAUUUCCCCAAGGCUUCCAGGCUGUGCAGCCGAUGUUGGUGACCUCAGUCUUGCUCCAUCCAGGCAGCCAUCUCACUUGGAGCAGGUGGGAAAGCAGCCCCAGGGUCAGCCUUUGUUCUCUGGGGUGAGCCUUGCAACAGACGUCACCUUCCCGAAAGAGCUCUUUUCCACGUCACUUUAGAUGUUACCCAAAGCAGACAUUUGAGAUGUUCAGGUAGUAAAUUGGGAAGCAUUGGCUGCAAUCCGUAAAAGCUACUAUUGUCUGUUGAUUAGGUGACUGGAGAUGACCCCAGGCCCUGGGAACCUGGAAGUUUUAGGCAGACUCUCAUUUGGAGGCCAGCAGCCCUUCUACUUCUGCCUCUACAAAGGCAGCUUUACAUUUUGACCACAUUUUCGCCGUAGCUGAUGACCUUUCAGGGAUGUGAGAAGCCUAAUCAGAACAUCCGAGAAAAUGAUACCCCUCGCCCUCAGAUUCAUCCAAUAGUUCAUCCUCCUAAUCCCCUUAGAAAUUAAUAAAUAGAAAGAGAAAGAAAGAAUGCCAUUUGGUGAGGAUUUGGACACACUGCUAGAGCUGAGGCUAGCAGCCGCACGAUUUUGUGAGUCUGCAAUAUGAAGCUUUCUAAGUCCCUGGAAGCUUUAUUUAUAGUGAAGAUUUGGUGAGCUUUUGUUGUCUGAGAAAAUGAGAUGGUCCCCUUGAAGGGGAGCUCCCAGGCAAGCCACAUUAACUCACAAUUCACACCAGGGGGAUUCUGCUGGAGAAGAAAGCGCCUUUGGCCAAAAAAGCAAGAUUAAUAUCUAAAAGGUAGACAUGCAUUGCUUCUGUUCCUCCAGCAACCAGUUGUUUAAUCAUUAGCUCUAGGUUUCCUUCGGUUUACAUUCUCAGUUCUUAACCCCGCACAGAGGUCCCUAGAACACCAAAAAAGGCAUUUAAAACCCUAGGGAUUGGCUUUAAAAGAUCCAAAAGCAGCAGCGUUGUCAUUUUCCAGGUUUCUCGCCAUUUUGAUGUGCUGCCCAUCCUUCCACACACUCUGCAGCCAGGCCAGAUGUGAAGACUGUAUUCACUGACUUGUGGAACCUAAAUUCUAGUUCUGGAACAAUUACCUGCUAAAUUGCUUACUGCCUGUGGAAGUUAUCUGUGGGGUGUACCUUUCAGAGAACAUUUCAACAGUAUAGUAAAAUUGCUCUGGGCUUGAGGGCCCAGUCAGGCGUUUUAGGUCAAAACUGUAAGUCUUUGGGCCUCCUUAGGGAAAAAGCAAGAUGCCUAAAUCCCAGUGCUGGGCCUUGAGACCGUACUCCCCUCUCCCUAGUGUGGGGUGAAGUGGCACCCUCAGGAAAUCAUUUUUCCAGUGAGAUUACCUAUAAAUCCCUAGGGGAAGUAAUACCUAUAUGAACCUGUCUUUCUGAGCACUUUUAUGCCAACUUCAAAAUGGUAAGCUAAAGCAGCAAUGACUCCACGUAGCCUCCACGUCACCCUCUUUAUUGUCCCGUUGGCGAGGUGGGGGGAGCUUUUCAGGGUUAAACCUUGGUCUUUAACCUCUGUUGUGGAGAUGUGUCACUAACAAAUGAAGACCUAAAGAAGACCUCUAGUUUUUGUUUCCCUAGUCCAGUGGCAUAACAGAUAUGACUUACUCCCGGGAAGGUAGAGGCUGAUGAUGAUCAAGACACCUACGAACCAGAAAGAUCUGUCCCACAUAGAGCCUCCACAGGGAACAGAUCUGAAGUUAGGUUCUGGAGAACUUCCAAAGCGCUGAAAUGCAGGGAGGACUUGGAGGACCUUUGCUCAGCAAGCAGGUGGCUUGUGUUCCUCCCAAGAACACGAAGGAGCUCCGAAGGGAAUGGCAGGCAUUGAAGCCAUAGCGCGCAGACUCAGACCUUCCCUCUGCCACUUCUCACAUGGCUCGUGCACUCUUCGCUCAGAAUCCAAGGGUACCCUCCUCUCCAAAAUCUCAUUGGCUUCAGGUGUUUUGUUUAGCCUCUGAGAACCUCCCCCUUUCACUCCCACCUCCGGAUGGACAGAGAUGUGUUGCUCGGGGCACAGAUGCGUGAGUCCAGGGCCCAGCAGCACAGUGUUGUAUUUAGUGGUUAGAAAAACAGUCGGUCCACUCUGUUAACAGGAUGUGGUGCAGUUUUGUACACAUCAGGUCUGUUUUUAUUGUUUCAUGGUCUGAAAACCUUCAAGCUGGUUUAUCAUCCAAGAAAAGGCAGAUGGUUAGACUAAGUAACAUUUAGUUCGUAUCUCUGUCUUAGGAAAGGUAGCCGUCCGUUUGCUGUGUGCUUAAGGAAGUCAGGAGUAUUUGAGGAUGUUGGGAGCUGUUGUAAAAAUAAAGUGGCUCUGGCCUACCCAAGUGUAUCAGAGAGAGAGCGUGGAAGCCGGUUAGUAGCAUCUUUAAAUCUGCUCUGGCCAGCCCCUCCUUCAUCUCAAGGACCUUGUCUCUCCUCCUCUCCAGUGACCUUGGUAAGGGACGAGCUCUGAGGAGGCAGCGAGGCCCCAGCUCCUCUUUGCUCAGCUGCAGGAUGUGGCCUCCAAACAGUCUGAGGUUUUUUUAAGGGGUUUCCUCACCAUGAUUCCCUCCACGUCACUCACCUGCCGUCAGCAUCCGAAAAGGUUAAAAUCCCCGGGACCAUUCCAGUUCUAAAACAGAUGAACCAGAUGUGCUUCCUCCCCUUUUGCAAGUGUAUUGUCCAGAUGCAGUCUCCCUUUGGCCAAGUUUGACAGGUACUUCCAGGGAACCCCUUAAAUUGAGGCAAGGAGUCAAGAUGUUUUGAGUUUUCCCCCCAGAAGGCAGAGUCUUUGUCCCUUCCCCCUCAUGCCUCAUAUAUUUUAGCCAAGUCUCAAAAGGUCAAGUCUGGUAAUGUCUCCAGAACUGAGGUGAGAGCUGGGGUCCCAUACCCCCAGGGACCAGUCCCCUGGGGGAUCCCACAUGCUCAAACUAGAUUGUUCUGAUCCCACUGGAAGUUUGCUGCUGUCCCCGUCCGCUAGGGCCCCUCAGAAAGGAAACAACCUAGGCUUCCAGUCAUUAGGUCACCAAGUCCUUCGGUGACCAGUCUACAGAGUGUGUAUCACCUGCGUGGGUGGUGUGCCUCCCACUUGUAGAAAGGGUAGAAAGUGGAACAUUGAGUGGGCUGAGUACUCACAUCCUUGGAGAGGUUGGCAGAAAUAACCCCAGUGAGUGCAAAACAAAACCGAGGAAACCAAGGAACCACAUUUGUACGGGAGGAGUUGGUUAUGGUCCUUUUACCUCUUGGGACCUGACGCUGCAGUAUGAAAGUGGGGUUUGGAAAAUCACGCUUAGCCCAACCCAAAUGCAUUCCAGGACUUCGGAGCUUCCAGCCCAUGGGUGCAUGGUCUGUUCCCAUUUUUUGUUUGUUUCCAAAACAGCCUUGCUUGGUAUUGCAUGGAAAGUUCUGGUUUUCCUUCCUGCCCACUUGGGGCCACCCACCCAGGCCUGGUCCCUUCCCCAGUAUCUUCACAGUACUCCUAGGAAGACCUGCGCAGUGCCCUUAGGAGCCGAGGGGAGUGGAAUUUGGUCCGGAGAAGGCAGCAGAAACUGGAUUUUCCUGUUUCCUCUUCUCAAGGAGGGUGUUUUUAGGCUUCCUUCACGCCUCUCUUUCCUGUGGGUACAGUCGGGUUGGGAGGAAGGGCUGAAAAGAAAAGGAAACGGGGUCCAGCCAGCCCAGGUUUGGGUCCGGGACAGGUGCACAGCUGAUGCUCUUCCACCCCCUUCAGUAGCAGGCCAGUCAUAUGUAACAAUUCUCCUUUACGAAAGCGUCUGCUUCUGUGGUGCUAGCAACAGAGGACAGACAGACCCCCUCCCCUGUGCUUUCCCUAAAGUUCAUCCCUGUAGCCCACUCCUUGUUGUAAAAACAAGUGCUUAAUCCUGUGAGCGUGCUGUUCCUUUCUAUGUGUUAAUCAGUUUCCUUCCAUUGGAGCUGUGUGGGAGGGAAGGGCAUUGGAAUUGUAGGUUGUAAUCUUGUGCCAACCAAUAAAAACCAGUAUUUCACACACA